ACGUGGGAAGGGAGGGAUUCUGACACAAAUAAAUGUCUCUGGUUCCUCUGUUCGGGGCUUCUUACGGGAGACCGUGACAUGUCAGGUGGAUUUACAUGAGAACUCCGUCACGUUGGAAACAUGUGGCUCAAACCUGAAGAGGUUCUGCUGAAGAACGCCUUCAAGCUGUGGGUCACCGAGAAGGAUAACGAGUAUUUCGUGCUGCAGAGGCGACGGGGGUACGGCGAAGGAGGCGGCGGGCUGACAGGCCUGCUUGUGGGAACUCUGGACACUGUGCUGGACUCGACAUCCAAAGUUGCUCCUUACCGCAUAUUGCACCACACAGCAGACUCACAGGUCUACUGGUCCAUAGCAUGCGGGGUCACCAAAGAAGAAAUCGAUCAGCACUGGGAUUGGCUGCAGCAGAACAUCAUGAGGACGCUCUCUGUGUUUGACUCCACUGAAGACAUCACCAGCUUCGUACAGGGGAAGAUUAGAGGUCUUAUUGCUGAAGAAGGGAAGACCUCUCUGGUGCUGGAGGACGAUCCAGAGAAAUUCAGAGAAGCCCUUUUGAGGUUUGAGAAGUGGUUCGAGCUGCCCGCCCAGGAAAAGCUGGUCACAUAUUACUCAUGCAGCUACUGGAAAGGCAAAGUCCCCUGCCAGGGCUGGCUCUACCUCAGCACAAAUUUUCUGUGCUUUUACUCGUACCUCCUGGGAGCCGAGGUGAAACUGAUCAUCUCCUGGGACGAGAUCUGGAGGCUGGAGAAAACAUCGAAUGUUAUCCUGACUGAGAGCAUCCAUGUUUUGGCUCAUGGGGAGGAUCAUUAUUUCUCCAUGCUGCUGCAUCUAAAUGAGACGUUCGUCAUCAUGGAACAGCUUGCUAACUACUCCAUCAAGCGUCUGUUUGAUAAAGAGGCUUUCCAGGGAGAGCCAGCUCUCUCCGACCCACUUCAGAUUACCAAGAGAGGCCUUGAAGCUCAUGCAAAAAGUGAGCAAUUCCGGGCAUUUUUCAGGCUUCCCAAAGAGGAAAACUUAUUAGAAGUGCACGAGAGCUUCCUGUGGGUGCCAUUCAGUCAUUUUAAUACGCUUGGCAAAGUCUGCCUGUCCGAGAACUACCUUUGUUUUGCCAGUCAGGACGGAAGCCAGUGUCACAUCAUCAUUCCAAUGCGAGAGGUCAUUAAUGUCGAGAAGCCCGAUUCCGGCAGCCGGGCUUUGACGGUAUGCGUGCGUGGCAAGAGAGCGUUGCGUUUCUCGGAGGUGCGGGACUACCAGCGACUUGCUAACACGAUCCGCAGCAGAUGUGGGAUCAGUGCCAGCCCACAGCACUCUGCUUCAUCAGAGGCCAUACGAGGCGAAUGCCAGUCCCUCAUCAAUCACUUUGAGGACAAUCCGGAGGAUGUGACUCUCAUGGUGGGACAGAAAGACACCAGCAAGGCUGUGAGCACCGAGGCCCUCAUGACUGUUUUCCACCCUCAAGACGUUGAAAACCUCGAUCCAAAAAUGCUGAAAGAGAAGAUGAAGGAGCAGUCUUGGAACAUCCAUUUCUCUGAAUACGGACGUGGGACCAGUAUGUUUUUCACCAAGAAGACACGAGACUUGAUUGUCCGAGGCGUUCCCGAGUCUCUGAGGGGAGAGCUGUGGAUGCUAUUUUCAGGAGCUGUAAACGACAUGGCCACUCACCCCGGCUACUACACCGAGCUGGUGGAGCAGUCUCUGGGCACCAGCACUUUGGCCACAGACGAGAUCGAAAGAGACCUGCACCGCUCUCUCCCAGAACACCCGGCGUUUCAGAGCGACACGGGAAUCUCAGCUCUGCGCAGAGUCCUCACUGCAUACGCCUACAGAAACCCAAAAAUCGGAUACUGCCAGGCCAUGAACAUUCUCACCUCCGUCCUGCUGCUGUACGCCAAGGAAGAGGAGGCGUUCUGGCUGCUGGUGGCCGUCUGUGAGAGGAUGCUGCCGGACUAUUUCAACCGACGAAUUAUUGGCGCUCUGGUGGACCAGGCGGUGUUCGAGGACCUGAUCAGAGAAAACCUCCCGCAGCUGGUGGAGCACAUGACGGACCUGAGUUUCUUCUCGUCCGUGUCCCUGUCGUGGUUCCUCACGCUCUUCAUCAGCGUCCUGCCCAUCGAGAGCGCCGUCAAUGUGGUCGACUGUUUCUUCUACGACGGCAUUAAAGCCAUCCUGCAGCUCGGCCUCGCCGUGUUGGAUUACAACAUGGAGGCCCUCAUCGCCUGCAACGACGACGCGGAAGCCGUCACCAUCCUCAACAGGUUCUUCGAUAGCGUGACUAACAAAGACAGCCCGUUGCCCCCAACGGUGCAGCAGGCUUCAGUGGGCAACAACGACAAAGCAUCUCACGUCAGUGUGGAUAUCAGCGAGCUGAUCCGAGAAGCCUAUGAAAAAUACGGACAUUUCCGGUCAGAGGAAGUUGAGAGUUCGCGGAAGAAAAACAAGCUGUAUGUGAUUCAGACGCUAGAGGACACAACCAAGCAAAACGUGAUUCGAGUUGUGUCCCAAGAUGUCCGAUUUACGUCCCCGCAGCUUGACGAGCUUUAUAACUUGUUCAAAAGGCAGCAUUUCCUCAGCUGCUACUGGACGAUGAAGAGUCCAGCUCUGCUCCACCAUGACCCCAGCCUGGCCUAUCUGGAGCAGUACCAGCUGGGAUUCCAGCAGUUCAGCGAGCUCUUCUCUCUGCUGGAGCCCUGGGGCUUCUGCACCUCCAAGAGCACGCUCUCCCUCUGGGUCUUCCGCCUCAUCGACGAGAACCAGGACGGCCUCGUCAACUUCAAGGAGUUCUGCUACGCUCUCGAUACCUUAUACGGAGCAUCUUUCACAAAUAAGCUGAAGUUUCUCUUCAAGCUUCACCUGCCGCCAGCUUUCACAGGUAGUCCUUUGCACUUAAAGGAACAAAGAGUCCAGCAAUUUCUUCCAACAAUUGAAGACUCCUCUCACUUGACCAGACUCGCUGCCUUUGAUCUUCCCGAAGAUGGUGUCAUAAGAAAAAGUCCUGAAAGAGGCAGGGGAAAGGUUGACCUUCAGGCCUACCUGAAACAAUGGCAAAAUGAAAUCCUUAAAAAGGAGGAAACAAUCAAGGAUCUACCAAGAAUUAAUCAGGCUCAGUUCAUCCAGUUCUCCAAAACCCUCUAUAACAUCUUCCACGGCGACCCGGAGGAGGAGCGCUUGUACCGGGCCGUAGCCCACGUGACCAGCCUCCUCCUGAGGAUGGAGGAGGUUGGCCGGAGGCUGCAGGAGCCAAGCAGCCCGCCCGCCGAGGCCACGCAGCCUGCCAGCACCGGCGCUUCUGUGGAGGCGUCUUCGACCCAAGAGGCCUCCUGUAAGGAGACCUCAGACGCCUCCAGCUCUCACAGCAGCCAGGAAGGGGCGGCGGAGCAGCCGGAUCCAGAUUGGUCGUUUUCCUUUGAGCAGAUUCUGGCCUCGCUGCUCAAUGAGCCGGCCAUCGUCAGCUUCUUUGAGCGGCACGUACACAUUCAGACGAAACUGGGACAGGCCAGGGUUGCACAGCUCAAACUGAAGGCCAAGAAGUAAAAAAAAAAAAAAGGACGCAUAAGGGAAUCAUUACAGUGUUUCUGUCUCGCUACAGGUUUUAUUUCCUUUCUCCGGCCAGAUUGAAAUGUGGAUUUUGACGCUAAAGUGGGUUUAAAAUUCUGCGCGCGUUUCGCUGAUUAUCCGAAAUGACGGGAUCUGAAAGACACUACAGGAGCUUCACUGACCAACAGACCCGGUGUGUUUUCAAUUUUGACCUAAUCUCAUUAUGCAUUUCACCCCUAUCCUCUCAUGUAGCUGCACUUUGACAAGUCAGAUUUAAGAAACUGAGUCAAGCGUGAUAAAUACCUGACAAGUCUAUCAAACCAAUAGACUCGGAAUCUGUUUCUGAAUGUUUAAAUGUAUAUCAGAUUAGUAUGCACUACUUAGAAUGAAACUACAGUGUCUGAUAGUUUGUCUUUUGACUUGUUAGAUUUGCUCAGAACUUCAGCUUAAUGUAAGAAACACCAGCUUAGUUAAUAGUGGAGUAGAGCAGUAGUGGGUAGAGGACACAUUGUGCUGCUGUUCCUGGAAGCCAUAAACUGAUCAGAGUUUAUCUGACUGGAAAUGACACAUUUUGAGAGCAAAAAAAAAAGUUAAACGUCAGCGAAAAACAUUUGCAAUAACCAGGGCUGGAUUUAGAAUUAUGGGGCAAGAUUUUCUUUCCGCAUGCACGUUACAAUAAAUAGCUACUCCAGCUUUUAUUUAAUUUUUUUUUUAUCUUUGUAUCUAUCUUCUAUAAAAAGUUCCUCAUAAGUAUGUUAAAAAAUGUCUUUUAUCCACAAAAAAACUCAUUGAAAUGUCAAGAUGCCUGUAUGUGGAGAUUGAAUUACACCAAAAACCAAACAAGAACAUAUUAAUUUCAGACACCUUUGGAGGUGUAUAACAAUAAAUUUGAACAUUAUCUCAAAAUUACUUUACCUGUAAGUUCAAAAAGUAAAAACUCCCAUUUAGAUUCAUUAAACACAAAACAAUCAAGCAAUAUUUCUGUAUUGUACAUGGCUAAUAUAAACCAUCUAACUUUCCUUGUACUGAAGGGAAAAAAUGUAAUGAACAAAAUUUUGGUACAGAGGUUUAUUGAUGUGGUUGUGCUAUGAUAUGUAUAACCAACCAAAGAAGCUGCCUGUUCAAAGUACUACAUCGACACAUGAUGAUGGAAAGUUGAGUGGAAGGAGGAAUAUUGUGGAAGAAAAUGCAAGGAUUGUAGAACCAAGUCCUUGAGACAGUUUGGGGGAAAUUUAAAAGCUGUGUGCUAGAAGAUUAAAAAGCCAGCACAAACAGAUGGAUUAAAACGAGUUAAAACUGUUGGAUUAUUUAAUCCACUCUUUAAUGAGAAACAUCAGAAGGGUGUACCAAUUCUGUAAUUCAUGUAAUAGGAGCUUCAGUAUGUAAACCAAAGUAUUGUGUAAACCUGAUUCUUUUUUUCUUUGAGAAACCGGAUUUGGGAUUUUGUUUUUGCUGUAAGCCAUAUUUCACAAAGAUGAGAAUAAAAUCAUUCGGAUAAUCGUUACAGAGCGCCCCACCCCCUGACUUUUUAGUGAUAUUGAAAAAUGUCCAUUUAUUAUAUGCAAAAUAUGAAAUCAAAUUUAGACAGCAAAGACGUGGGGCCCUGGUAAAGCCCUCGUUAAAGACUGGCCCUGGCAAUAACAUGCUGCGGAGGGCGCUGCUGUUCCACACGACACAGUCAGCUGUUUUGCACCUUCAGCAGCAAUCAUGGUGAACAUAUGGUACACUGAACCACGUAACCCAGGCUCGUGUUCGACAGGCUUUGCUAAAUCAACACAUUUUUCAUGAGUAGGUCAAACGUUUGCCUGGAAAGCAGGAGAUGUCCAGAUGAACCUCCUGUGCUCUGUCUGCGGACCUCGCUGGGCGACCCAUCGUAACUUUCUCUCCAUCCGUGUUGGUUUCCUGUAACCGUGAGGUUUCUGUCGACCCAAUGAGCUCCAGGACUGUUGAACCUUUUGAAGGAUAUUUUUGCUUCAUCGAAUCUCAGGGUGACAUUUGUGUAGACGCAUAAGGGGUUAAAAAGGGAUAUUUUUCAACCUGUAAAACAGUAUAUCCACAGAAUUAUAUAUUAACGUGAAUCGUCUGCAGCAUUUACAUAUAGAGCAUGUUGUAGCAUAGUUACAGGAUUUCCAAGGCCUCUGCUUUCGCUGCUUGCUACAAGAAGCCAGAUUUUUCAGUAUUUCUGUCUGUUUUUUUUUGUUUGUUUUUUUUUUGUGUGUGUGUGUGUGUGUGUCCUGUUUUUUGUCUUCAUAUUGCUUCUGUCUCAGUGGACAAUUUGCACAGUUGUUAAAGAUUUACAAGCUGUAGUUGUGUUUGUAUCUCGGUGGCAGGGGUCAGCUGCGGCUUGCCGUCUUUUGGGGCCAAAUCAACAGAUUUAUAUGAAGCUUUAGAGUCUCUGCUUUUCUCCGGAGUAAUUAGUGUUUUAUGUGCCUCUUAACUAAAGCUGAAAUGUUGUGCUGGCUGUUUUUAAUCAUUUGCUGAAUAAUUAUUUUGUCUUUGCUUGACCAGGACUGAAGGACCAACACUUUUUGUGUUGCAGUAUUAAUUUUACUUUUACUGUUGAGGUUUACAAACUCAUCUUAAACCCACAACUACUCUUUGGAGCAAAAAAGUAAUAAAUAUGCCACUGUUUAUGUGUGAAAUGUGUUAGAAAAUGGCAAAAUACAUUAUUGAUGUUAGAUAUGUUAUCCUUUCCUAAUUUUAAAGUCUAAUAAUAAAUUAAAGUCCUGAGUCUCAGCAGGAGACUUUAGUAUCUAUUUAUUAUGACUGAUGGGGAGUAAAAGGAAAAGCUAAAUUUGAGCAUGAUUUUACUUUGUUAGUUCCUGCCGUCAUGUUUUGUUUUUGACAUCUUUGAAUGUCACAAUGAUUAUGACAUGCAAACAGCAGCUAAUUCUGGAACAGGAUGUGCAUGGAUUGAGUUUGAGCAUGCGUUGAUCUGUUGCUUUCUCUUUAUUCUCAAAUCACAAGUACUUUGAUUUCAAGAAUUUGUUCAUUUGUCUUUGCAAAUCUAAAGUAUUCAGAUCAAACAUUCCUUUAUGCAAAAUAUUUUUUCAAACGCCCAUAAAAGUGUCUAUCCUCUUUCCAGAGGAUGGGAAAGUUGAUGCACGGCUCUGAAAACCUCUCGAGUUCUUAUUUUGCAAUAUAUGUGACGCUUGGAUGUUUGUUUGAUUUAUAUGGAUUAGUUUGAUUGGUGCCUAAAUGUAUGAGAAUAAAGAGCAGUGAUUUAA